AUGGCCGAUAAGACGGAUUUCAAAGACGUCCCGGUGAUCAUCAUCGGCGGUGGUGCUUGUGGCUUGACCCUUUCUAUCUUUCUAUCCAACUAUGGCGUCCCGCAUGUUUUGUUUGAACGACAUGAGACGACAUCGUAUCUGCCCAAGGCGCACUACAUCAACCAGCGAACCAUGGAGAUCUACAGACAGCAUGGGGUUUCCGAUGACAUCUACAAGGAGGCGUCACCUCAGCAAAAAAUGUGUCAGAUGCUCUGGCAAAGUUCACUAGGCGGGAACGGUCCGUUAGACAGAAAGGUAAUUGCCAGUCUUGAAUGUUUUGGAGGAUACAAGGGCUCCGAGAUGCACGCAACUUACAAGACGCAAUCCCCUACCUUGCCGUGCAAUCUCCCGUUGAUACGAACAGAGCCGAUCCUGCGCAGAAUUGCUCAAGAACGCAACCCAGGCAACAUCCUCUUCGGUCACACCGUCACAGAGAUCCACGACGACAACCAAAAAGUUCUUGUAACUGUUGAAGGCUCAGGCGGCUCGACAAGCCGCUACCGCGGUGACUACGUUGUUGGUGCAGACGGCGGCAAGACGGUUGGACCGCACAUUGGAGCAGCCAUGGAAGGACUCACUCGCCUCGAGGACAAGGUCUCGGUACACUUCCGGGCAGAUCUGUCCGAGUAUUGGGAUGAUCGCACAUUGAUUUGCCACUUCAUCAACCCCGAAGGUGGAACGAUUACGUACAGUGGCGCGCUGGUUGUCACUGGUCCAUCGUGGGGACGACACUCGGAAGAAUGGUCAAUCCAUUUUGGCCACCGCAUUGACGACCCGGAGCGUUUCAAUGAAGACAACCUGGUGCCGCGGUUGCGAUCUUUGCUGAAGAUGCCCGACCUGCAGGUAGAGAUCCUUCAUAUCAGUCACUGGAUCCAGGAACGCGUGCUGGCAAGCAAAUAUCAGGGGGGCAGACUGUUCCUCGCCGGCGACGCGGCCCAUCGGCAUCCUCCUACAACCGGCCUAGGGCUCAACACUGCUGUGACAGACGCCAGCAAUCUUGCAUGGAAGCUUGCAUUCGUGCACAGAGGUUGGGCAAGUCCUGAAAUCCUAAACACGUAUGAGAGUGAGCGAAGACCUGUCGGUAGGAGAAACUGCGAUUGGGUAAGUGCUGCCUUUACUUCUGGCAAUAGAAAAGUUCUCAACGCCGCUAUUGGCUUGGUUCCCGGAGAGCUCGAGGCCAACCAGGAAAGAUUCAAGCGACUGUUUGAAGAUUCCGAGAUCGGAAGAGCCUCCAGAGCUCAGGUUCAGCGUAUCAUUGACAGUCAAGCCAUCGAAUUCUCGGCUUCUGGCCUCGAGCUGGGGUAUCUAUACGAGCAUGGGCUUACCCUGAGUGACGGGAGCCCACCACCAGAGACAGACCCUCUGGGUCAGCGUUACAUACCAACAACAAGACCUGGCCAUCGCCUGCCGCACGUCUGGCUAGUAAGCCAAGGCAGGACUCUCUCCACACAUGACUUGGUGGGCAAACAGGGCAAAUUCUGCUUGAUUACAGAUGAAUACGGAAGAGACUGGAUUUCUGCCGUCGAAACUCUGAAGGGCUCCCUUGAUAUCGACGGCGUACAGAUUGAAGUCGACAAUGAGGCUGGUUCUUCCGGGUACAAGGACACGGACGGUAGUUGGAGAAGUGUUCGUGGUAUCGAGAAUGGAGGAGCCAUCUUAACGAGGCCAGACAACUUUGUCGUUUGGCGAUCGAUAAAGCCCAGUGUCCAAAGGGGUAAGGAACUGGUAGACGCAGUUCGGGUCAUUCUAGGCCCACGCUAA